UGUCAAUCUGCCAUUUUGUCACCGGAUGUCGAAGUGAACAGAGGUUAUAACUUUUCUUCCCAAUUUCAGAAAAGUGCUUUCCACAAAAGUUUUUAGUUGAGAAUUGCCUUAAUCACCAUGAGCGGAAUCGACCAGAUCGUGAAGCCGAGGAGCAUGCCGGAAAUUAACGACGAGAACGAUCCGUUGGCAGCCAACGUUGGCAUUGAAAAGGAGAAGAAGAAGGUUUUGGAAGAAAAGCCCUCCUCGUCGUCAGUCGCCAAUUCCAAGAUGGCGAAGAAGGCCAAGCUGGAAAAGGAGGGGGAGGAACCUCCUCCGGUUGCAGCAGAAAAGCAGGAAGCUGCAGAGGAUGAGAAUGAGUCUGAAACAGCAGAGGAUGGGAAUGAGUCUGAAACAGCAGAGGAGCCCUCUGACGAGCAGGAAGCUUCCGCACUGGGCGAUGCGGUAGAGCCACCGACUCCUGAUGAAAUCCACCAUCCCUUGGAGGACACUCCGGAGGGAGAGGAGGUGGUCGAGACCGAAUGCGAUCAAGAGAAUGAGGCCAAUAUGGCCCCCGAGGACACCAACUAGGAGGUGAUGGGUCACUAACAAAUGCGCACUCAAGCGGGCAGAUGUGUUAAUACUUCAUGGACAGAUCCCUGAUGGAGGAUUAGUUCAAGUAUCCCUGCCCCACCAUAUUUUUAAAAACACUUCAUACAACCAUUUUGGCGAAGUUAUUCUUUGCCAUUUUUUUAAUAAACACUUCACAAAAACA